UUCAGGGUUCGCUGCUUGGGAUUUCACGUUGCUGUCAGUGAGAGGAUCAUUCAUGCUGUAGAAGCUAAACGUCAGACUUAAAACACAAGACAUUAAAAAAGACAAAACAAACCAAAAAAAAAAAAAAACGGUCUGAGGCCGAGCAAAGCGCCCGGAGACAGUUAGAGGAGCAGCGCUGAGGUCCCUGGAUACCCCCUGGAUCCCCCCCCUUGAACCCCCUGCGUACCCCAAUGGAUGCCAGGUGACCCCCAGGAUGACCCUGAGCGAUAGGCUCCACCAAAAGAUCUCUGGCGCCUUCUAUCAACACGGCCUGCUGUGUACCUCCUACCCCGUUCCCAUCAUCUUUUUCACCGCGGUCUGCAUUCUCGCCUGCUGCUACCCUCUUCUGAAGCUGCCUCUACCCGGGACCGUCCCGGAGGAAUACACGACAGCCGUGCGGGACUACAGUCCUCCCCCCUCCGACCCCCAGGCCCCACAAAGGGACCCCAGCGACAGGCCGGACUGGUACGUGGGUCCGCCUGUGGCCUAUAUCCAGCAGGUCCUAGUGAAGGCCGUGGUGUCUCCGUGGGACCAGAGCCUUAUUCCCGUGGACAUCUUCCGCUCUCCACUGGCACAGGUCUUCCAGCUGGUGGAGGAGAUUCGCAACCAUGUGCACAGAGACAGUACUGGCUCUCACAGCCUGGAGGAGCUGUGUCUCCAGGUGACAGACCUGCUGUCCGGGCUGAAGAAGAUGCAGAGCCAGCUCCCGGAGCACGGCUGCCUGCUCGUCUCUCCUGGAAACUUCUGGCAGAAUGAGCGUGAGCGCUUCGACUCCGACGCUGACAUCAUCCGCACCGUGCACCAGCACGAGUCCAAGGGCCUGCACACCUCUGCCACAGUCAAAGAUCUGCUGUUUGGAGUUCCAGGGAAAUACAGCGGGUUGAGCCUGUACAACAGGAAGCGGGUAGUAUCCUACACCAUCACCAUCGCAUUGCAGAGCUACCAUGCCAGAUUCCUGAGUAGCCUGCAUUCCAGGCUCAAGCAGCUCCACCCCAGUGUGAACUGCAGCCUGCGCAGAGACCAGAUGGUGCAUGUCCACUUCAAAGAGGAGAUCGGCAUCGCGGAGCUCAUCCCCCUCGUCACCACAUACAUCAUCCUCUUCGCUUACAUUUACUUCUCAACAAGGAAGAUCGACAUGGUGAAGUCCAAGUGGGGUCUGGCCCUGGCUGCGGUGGUGACGGUCCUGAGCUCUCUGCUCAUGUCAGUCGGUCUCUGCACGCUCUUCGGACUCACGCCCACACUCAAUGGAGGGGAGAUCUUCCCCUAUCUGGUGGUGGUGAUCGGCCUGGAGAACGUGCUGGUCCUUACCAAGUCUGUGGUGUCCACGCCCGUCGACCUGGAGGUCAAGCUGCGCAUUGCACAAGGUCUGAGCAACGAGAGCUGGUCCAUCAUGAAGAACAUGGCCACAGAGCUAUGCAUCGUCCUGAUUGGCUAUUUCACUCUUGUCCCGGCUAUCCAGGAGUUCUGCUUGUUCGCUGUGGUUGGCCUCGUCUCAGAUUUCUUCCUGCAGAUGCUUUUCUUCACCACCGUCCUCUCUAUCGAUAUCCGACGUAUGGAGCUCACGGACUUGAACAGGUGCUUCCCUGCCGAGGCCUGCCUGGCCCCCCCUAAGCCCUCGCCUUUGCGCCCGCGGGAGGCCCACCAGCAGCAGUACAAGAGACUGCGCCCCGUAACCCCUUACACCAUCACCCUGCAGCCCUCCUCCUUCCGAAACCUCACGCUGCCCAAGAGACUGCGCGUCAUCUAUUUCCUGGCCAGGACCCGCCUCGCACAGCGCAUCAUCAUGGCUGGCACAGUGAUCUGGAUUGGUAUCCUGGUGUACACGGAUCCUGCCGGUCUGCGCACCUACCUAUCAGCCCAAGUGUCUGAGCAGAGUCCCCUUGGCAAGUCAGGGGGGCUGCCCCCAUUGUCUGUGUUUCCUGUGGGGGACCCCGAGAGCACACUGACAGUGCUGCCCCACCCUGAGCCCACCCCCCUGUUGGAGAACCAGUCCCAAGACCAGCAGCGCCCUCCCUGGGCCAGCCAGAGAGACCAGCCCCCUGGCCCAGACAACACCCCUGAGAUCUCCUGGAUCCCCCCUGACGAGGAGACCUGGAGGAGGCUGUCUUUCAGACACUGGCCCUCCCUCUUCAGCUACUACAACAUCACACUGGCCAAGAGGUACAUCAGCAUCCUGCCAGUGAUCCCUGUCUCGUUCUACCUUAGUGCUCAGGACGCUGUGGAGGCCAGACACCCUCAGGACACACAGCGCUUCCACUCCCACUUCCCAGCCUUCGACAUGCAGGCAGAGCAAGCUCCGGAGCCCCCCGGCAAGACCCUGAGUCAGCCUGACUUCACUCUGUACAAGGCAGCGGCUCUGGGUCUAGUGGCAGGCGUGAUCCUGGUGCUGCUCUUGUUCUGUCUGUACCGGGUCCUGUGUCCACGGAACUACGGUCAGAACGGGGUGUCCCACGGGCGGCGCCGGGGGCGCGGAGAGCUGCCCUGCGACGACUACGGCUACUCCCCCCCCAUCAGCGAGAUCUCCCCCCUGCUGCUAUCCGGGCACCACAUGGAUAUUGAGUGUCUGGCAGGUGAUGGUAUGCUGCUGGUGAGCUGCUGUCUGGCCAGACAGAUCCGUGUGUGGGACACACAGACAGGAGACUGCCUCACUGUCAUCCCUGACCCCGGGCUAAGGCAGAGUAGCAGUGGUGUGUGGGAGCGGCAGGAGAGAUGGGAGCCAGAGCCUGAGGAGGAGGGUCUGGAGGCUGGGGUGGGGGGCUACCCACUCAGGAGGAGGCUGCUCCCCUCCAGGCCUGCCCUGUUUGGAGACCAGCCUGACCUCACCCCGCUGAUCGACACCAAUUUCUCCGAGCAGCCCACCUGCCUGGGGCACGCCAACGAGGGGGCCAGAGGAGGCUUCCACUUCAGAGGGUUGCUGGAGAGAGCCUACGAGGAGCAUGGGGCCACCGCCCCCAACAUACAAGGCUACUCCCCUUCCCCUGCACCCUGCUCCCCUUGUCGGAGACACAGCCAGGGGGACGAGCCCCUGUGCGGCCCCAAUCCCCGCCCCGCCAGCUGUCUGCCUGCCGUCCCUGGGGAUUGGGACAGCUCAGUGUGGGCUCUGGAGCUGCAGGGGAGCCUCAUUGCAGCCGGGCGUAGCAGUGGGAAGCUGGAGCUCUGGGACGCUCUAGAAGGCUGUCUGCACUGCAGUAACGAGGAGGGCAAGUCUGGGAUCACUGCCCUUGUCUUCCUCAACAACAGAAUUGUAGCUGCGAGGCUGAGCGGCUCAUUAGAUUUCUUUACUGUGGAUAUCAAUAAACCCAUGAACCUACUGCAGUACCAAGGAACUCCCAAUCGUGGCAGCAUGCCCCCUUCCCCCUGCUACAGCAGUGAUGAUGUAAUCUGCUGUCAGCUGACCCACUCGGUGCAGUGUGCCCACCAGAAGCCAAUUACAGUGCUGCGUGCUGCAGCAGGGCGGGUGGUGACGGGCAGCCAGGACCACACAGUGAGGGUGUACCGGCUUGAGGACUCGUGCUGCCUCUUCACGCUGCAGGGUCACUCUGGGGGGAUCACUGCCGUGUACAUCGACCAGACAAUGGUUUUGGCCAGCGGGGGCCAGGAUGGAGUUAUCUGUCUGUGGGACGCCCUGACAGGGAGCCGUGUCAGCCACAUGUACGGACAUCAAGGCGAUGUCACUUCCCUCAUCUGCACCACUUCCUGUGUGAUCAGCAGCGGCCUCGAUGACCUCAUCUGUGUCUUGGACCGAAGCACCGGGAUUAAGCUAUAUUCCAUCCAGCAGGAGGUUGGCUGCGGCGCCAGCCUGGGUGUGAUCUCGGAGAGCAUCCUAGUGACAGGAGGCCAGGGCUGCGUCUCCUUCUGGGACCUCAGCUACGGGGACCUGCUGCAGACUGUGUACCUGGGCAAGAGCAACGAGGGCCAGGGGGUGCGGCAGCUCAGAGUGCUGGACAAUGCAGCCAUUGUGUGCGACUUCGGGAGUGAGCUGAGCCUGGUGUACGUGCCCUCUGUGCUGGAGAAACUGGACUGAGCAAGAGGCGCAGAACACUGACCGACUGCACCCCGACACAGGACAGGACGAGACAGACAGGGGGGCUCAGACCCACAGUACUGAGCUCAGAGACUCCCGCCGCAGGGAGAAAAGAAUGUAGACCAGCCUCAAGUGGAUUUUACACAGAAUUUGAAGUCAUUUUCUGUACAGAACCAUUGCCAAAGACAGAGGUUCCUGUGAGAAGUUCUAAACACAGACCAGCUGUCUGCCUCUGCACUGUCUGUAUUCCUGUGUGUAGCCCACUGCACCUUCCGACCUGUAGUGGUGGGAUCCUGUCAUAUGCAAAGAGCUACCUUAGUGAGAAAGCUGCAUUUUAAAACAUGUAUUCUGUUUCUUUGUUUUGUUCUUUUCAAAGGAAAUUGUUCUGCGGAAUUGCUUUUCAACGUUGAAUACAAGAAUGUAGAUCGUCCUUUAGCAGGUUCUUUAAAGAAAGGUCCUGUUCUGUACAGAAGCAAGUUUUAGUGAUAGCAGGUAGAAGUGGUUUUAUAUUUUAAAGCAACACUGUAUUAUCAAAAAGAUGUGUGUCUCAUUUGAGUCUAAUGGGAUUUUGCUGUAGUACACAGCACCUCACUGUGGCCAAAUAUUGUAAGUGUGUUCUCUAAUUGGAAUGUCAAACAUCCAUUAACCUCCCCCCCCCCCCCCCCCCCCCCCCCACCACUCGCUUCUGGUUUUGAAUGCAGCUAAAAACACCAGGAAAUAUCUUCUAAGCUCUCCUGCUUUGGGUGAGGCUUCUUACAUUAACUAGAGCUUUAAAAUAGGGAACAUACAAGACUCGCACAUUGAACUAACAAACGUGGUUUCUGCUUUCCUCAGUGUGCAGUAAACUAGCAUCAUGGCUACCAGUCAGACCAGCUCCCAGCUGAAUGAAUGUAUCUGAGGCACCGUUAUAGAGCUCCCAUUUUAUAGCGAUAAAGUUGAACUUUUAUUAGAGGUUGUUUGUUUAUUAUUAUUCUUCUGUUUAAUAUUUCUUUUCAAGCUAGAAGUUGGGAUGCAGGGCCAUUGCUAGUGCUGAGCACGGGUGUAUUUCUCAGUGUGGCUUCACGUGCUCACUCACUGAACAGGCAGGCUGAGUGAGUGUAGACUCAUGACACUGUAGGGCCACUGUGACUCAAAGGCAGCUAGAGAUGACACGUGAAGGUGACCCAACAUUAGACUCUGCCAGGUCCAUGUUUACUAUUUUCAGUUUUUUCAACCUUGUGAUUCAGAUGUGAAGCAUGCAAAGCACAAAGCUUCAUUCUCUGGAAACUUUCCAAGCACCUGGUUAUAGGAAUUUUUUCCACAAUCUUAGACAGCCAGGAUUCCAGGAUUGGAGAGCCACCAGAACACCUCCAGAUGUGGGACUAGGGGCUCGAUUUUGAUGAUGGGGCAAACCUCUAAUUCUACGGCAAAACACGUUUGCACCAGAUUUUGAUUUUAAAACUUGCCACAAUUGGGAGCAAAUUGUCUUUGCCCUGUAAUGCAGUUUAGGGGACAUGCUUUGCCCAGUCCUUUUAUGUCCGUGUUAAUGCAAGUGGUUGGCUUAACUUUCGGGGUGUGGCCUCUUGCAUGUUAGCUUUGAUUCAUUCCAGUGACACAGAAAGGGAACAGCAAGUGGUCAACAAGGAGCAAGCAAGAGAGAGAGAACACACUUUUUCACAAACAAAGUUCUGAGUUAUACAUUUCCUGUAUUUUAAAAUAAACAAUAAAUAUGGCUGUGCAAACUGUAA